AUGUCUGCUAUUAAGUGGGAUACUUGGAACGAUGAGAUCACUCAACUCUACGUCACUGAAGACAGAUCUGCGGAGGAAACAAUCAAGACUCUGAAUCAGAGACACAAACUAAGGAUCACUAUAAAACAGUUCAAGAAGCGCUAUUCAGGCCUCAAGAAGGUGCGCGCCAACGAAUGGAGAGCCAUUAAACGAGAGAUGCAAAAGCAAAAGGCCGCAGGCAAAGAAUGUCUGAUCUUCCUCAACGGGCGCCAGCUUGACCCUGAGCGGGUUGCUAGAGAACUGCGUCGAUAUAGCGGCAUUCGCGGUCGAGAUGUGGAGGAUGGUGGUGUCCCAAUUGGUGAGUAG